AUGGGAAACGGACAAUCGCUCCCUGGCGAGGGUGGUGGUCAACAACAAGGCAAAAAAGGCGACCAAAAACAAAAGAAAAAGUGGGUCCCCCCGACGCCUCCGGAACGAGUCGGGAAGAAGAAGAAAAAGCGAGGGACCGUUUCUGGAGCGGCUGGUGGGAAACUACCCCCGAUCGCGCCGGCGACGAAAUGUAAACUCAGAGCGUUGAAAUUAGAACGCGUGAAAGAUUGGCUGUUGAUGGAGGAAGAAUUCGUGGCGAGACAAGAGGCGGAAAAAGCGACGCCGAGAGAUGAACGGGACGAAGAGGAGCGAUCGAAAUUGGACGACUUGAGAGGGAUGCCACUCUCGGUCGGUACUUUGGAGGAGAUCAUAGACGAUAAUCACGGGAUUGUGAGUUCGGCGAUGGGGCCGGAGUAUUACGUGAACAUCUUGUCGUUUGUGGAUAAAACGCAGUUAGAGCCCGGGUGCGCGGUGCUGUUGCAUCACAAACAUUCCGCGGUGGUUGGCGUGUUAGCCGACGACGCCGAUCCGAUGGUUUCGGUCAUGAAGGUUGAUAAAGCGCCUCAGGAGAGUUACGCCGACGUCGGAGGAUUGGAAGAUCAAAUCAUGGAAAUUAAAGAGGCGGUGGAGUUACCGCUGACGCACCCGGAGUUGUACGAGGAUAUCGGGAUUAAACCGCCGAAAGGAGUUAUUUUAUACGGCGAACCCGGGACGGGGAAGACGUUGUUGGCCAAAGCGGUGGCGAAUUCAACGAGCGCGAGUUUCUUAAGAGUGGUUGGAUCCGAGUUGAUUCAAAAGUAUUUAGGCGACGGACCAAAGUUAGUGAGAGAAUUGUUUCGAGUGGCGGACGAUAUGUCUCCGUCGAUUGUGUUUUUGGACGAAAUCGACGCGGUCGGGACGAAAAGGUACGACUCGCAAAGCGGAGGUGAGAAGGAGAUUCAGAGAACCAUGUUGGAAUUGUUGAAUCAGUUGGACGGUUUCGACGACCGAGGCGACGUGAAGGUCAUCAUGGCGACGAAUAGAAUCGAAAGUUUAGAUCCGGCGUUGUUGCGUCCGGGAAGAAUCGACCGGAAAAUCGAGUUUCCGUUACCGGACGCGAAAACGAAGCGACACAUCUUCGGCAUCCACACGUCGCGCAUGAAUUUGAGCGAAGACGUGCAACUGGAAGAAUUUGUCAUGGCUAAAGACGACUUAUCUGGCGCCGACAUCAAAGCGUUGUGCACCGAAGCCGGGUUAUUAGCGCUGCGAGAGCGAAGGAUGCAAAUCACGCACCAAGAUUUCAAAACGGCUAAAGACAAAGUGCUGUACAAGAAGAAAGAAAACGUGCCGGACGGGAUGUUCUUGUAA